AUGUCUCUCGGAAUCACCACGCAACAGCGAUCUGGCACCGUGGCGCGUCCCCUUCCUCACCGUGAUCCUGCGUGGCCGUCAACGACGGCGUACUGCCUGAUCGACCCUAACGACAUUUCGUUAAGCUACGACUUCUCCGCAUUCCCUCCGGGGCAUAUUUGGGUUUGCAUCCCGUACUCCGUCCUCGUCCCACGUCCGUUACGCCCAGGCUUGGAUGUUGGACGCACCGACGCUGUCAUAGAGGAUGUAGAUUAG